CAUCAAGAAGCACAAUUAUUCAACGAUUCGCUGUCAAAUGAGUUCUUAAAGGUGAAAGAUCUGGAAAUUGAUCUUGGGUUUUAUCCUUAUCACAUGAAACCCUUACUUCAUCUCGCAAAUUUGGUCCAAAAAUGUAUCUGAAAAGCUUAGUAAUCAGUCUGAUCUUCCUUCUAUCACCGCCCAUCGCCGCCGUGGACUUCCUUUUCAACUCCUUCAACUCCACCACCGACCUCCAACUCAUACGUGACGCUCGCAUCGAGCCACCGGUAAUUCGGUUGUCUAAUGACUCCAAUCAGUGGUCGGUCGGCCGAGCUUUCUACUCAACGCGAAUUCAGAUGCUCCGACCAGGCUCCGGCAACCUUACCUCCUUCUCGACCCAGUUCGUCUUCUCGAUUUUACCUGAAAUAAGCGCCAGCCCUGGUUUCGGCAUCGCUUUCGUCUUAUCCAACUCCACCGAACCCAAUGGCGCAAUCGGCAGUCAGUAUUUUGGACUCUUCACCGGCGCCGCCGCCCGAACUGUAGCCCCCCUUAUUGCGGUAGAGUUCGACACCGGUUUUAACUCAGAAUUGAACGAUACGGAUACGAAUCACGUCGGAAUUGACCUUAACAAUAUUGCAUCUGAGAUGCAAGUUGGUGCCGGUUACUAUAACUCUACCGGAAGUUUUAUUCCGGUGAAUAUGCGAAACGGGCAAAACGUACAUGCUUGGAUUGAAUUCGAUGGCUCUAGAUCGGAGAUCAAUGUUACUGUUGCUCCGGUGGGUGUAUCUAGACCAAUUCGGCCGUUACUCAGUUAUCGAAAUCCGAUUAUUGGUAAUUACGUCUCAUCUGAUAUGUUCGUUGGGUUUUCUGCUUCUAAAACCACUUGGGUUGAAGCACAGAGGGUUUUGGCAUGGAGUUUUAGCGACACCGGCGUGGCAAGAGAUAUUAAUACUACCAGUUUACCUGUUUUCUUGGCUCAAUCUGGUUCGAAUUCUGGUUUGUCGACCGGAGCUAAGGUGGGUAUUAUAAUUGGUUCGGUGGUCUUUUUCAUAUGCCUGCUAGGUGUUUGCUAUUUUGUCUGGCUGAAACACCACUCUAGGAACCAGGAAGAUGAGAUUGAAGAUUGGGAGCUUGAAUACUGGCCUCAUAGGUACUCAUAUGAAGAGCUAAAAGAGGCUACAAACGGGUUUUCAGACGAUGAAGUUCUUGGGGCCGGUGGGUUUGGUAAAGUUUAUAAAGGAACGCUCGGCAACAAGACGGAGGUGGCUGUAAAAUGCGUGAAUCAUGAUUCGAAGCAAGGGCUGCAGGAAUUCAUGGCUGAGAUCUCGAGUAUGGGUAGGCUUCAACACAAGAAUUUGGUUCAAAUGAGAGGCUGGUGUAGGAAAAGAAAUGAAUUGUUGCUUGUAUACGAUUACAUGCCGAAUGGAAGUCUUAAUACUUGGAUUUUUGAUAAACCGAAGAACGUUUUGGGUUGGGAAGGGAGGAAGAAGGUGCUGGCGGAUGUGGCGGAGGGUUUGAAUUACCUCCACCAUGGAUGGGAACAGGUGGUGGUGCAUAGAGACAUUAAGUCGAGCAAUGUAUUACUCGAUUUGGAUAUGAGAGGUCGGUUGGGUGAUUUUGGAUUGGCAAAGUUGUAUACACAAGGCGAGGAACCGGGCACUACAAGAGUGGUGGGUACCCUUGGCUAUUUGGCACCAGAGCUGGCUAUGCUGGCAUCACCAACUGCCGCCAGUGAUGUUUAUAGCUUUGGAGUGGUGGUGCUAGAGGUGGCAUGUGGGCGGAAACCUAUAGAAACGUGGCAGGAGAGGGAGGAGGAUAUGAUUUUGGUCGAUUUGGUUAGAGAGAAGUAUAUAGAAGGAAAGUUAGGGGAGCUUGCAGAUGGGAGAAUUAUAGGGCAGUAUGAAAUGGAGGAGAUGGAAGCGGUGUUGAAGCUCGGGUUAAGUUGUUGCCACCCUGAUCCGCAGCACAGGCCGUCCAUGAAGGAGGUGGCAGCACUCUUGUUGGGAGAGGAUACCACUGUUGAUCCAGGAGUUUUGUUAUCUGAGUUCUCAAGCAGCAAGAACAGCUAUAAUGGUAUCCAAGAGAGCAAGACACAGGCAUCACCAUAACCACCACCACCACCGCUGCCGCCGCCACCCCCUCCACCUCCAUUGUAACUAUAUCCUGCCCUCUCUGUUGUGUUAUGUUUCAGAUUUUGAUCCAUUUAUGGUGGUUAGAAAAAGCUUAGAUGAUGUUGCCCUCAUUGUUUUAUCUAUUGAUACAAUGAGGGCAUGGGCAUCCUGAUGGUAUAUUUGUUUAUUACAUCAAUACAUCUUUGUAUUUCUUGAAAUUCUGUAUUGUUUUCUUGCAAAUUUGGAUUGAUUUAUGGGUUUGUGGCAAAAAAGAGUACCAACGGCAUCCCUAUGGCCAAUUACCUGAUAGCAAGUUGAUUCCAGUAGAAGAGUAUCUUUUGGUUUCUUGUAAAUUAGGGAUGUUAAUUGUUAGGUUGCAUAUUGGUUUCUUGUAAAUCAGGGUUGUUAGGUUGCAUUUUGCUUUCUUGUAAUGUUUUGAUUACAUCUUAUGACACUGAAGUAGUAAUUUAA